GGCCUGGGCGGGCGGCGCGCGCCAGGGGGGCGGGGCGGCUUCCGCUUCCGGGUCGUGGCUGGGGCCGGGGGGGGCCUCGCUGCAGCUGCUGCAACCGCCAUCGCCGCGAUGCCGAAAGGAGGUAGAAAAGGAGGCCACAAAGGCCGAGCGAGACAGUACACAAGUCCUGAAGAGAUUGAUGCUCAGCUCCAAGCAGAAAAACAAAAGGCCAGGGAAGAAGAGGAGCAAGAAGAAGGAGGUGAAGGAGCAACAGGGGACCCAAAAAAGGACAAGAAGUCUUUAGAUUCAGAUGAGAGUGACGAAGAUGAUGAAGAUUAUCAGCAAAAGCGCAAAGGAGUGGAAGGGUUGAUAGACAUAGAGAAUCCCAAUCGUGUAAUUCAGACAACCAAAAAAGUAACUCAGCUGGACCUGGAUGGACCCAAGGAACUCUCACGACGAGAGCGAGAGGAAAUAGAGAAACAAAAGGCGAAAGAAAGAUACAUGAAAAUGCACCUAGCUGGUAAAACAGAGCAAGCGAAGGCAGAUCUCGCUCGACUAGCCAUCAUUCGGAAGCAAAGGGAAGAAGCUGCCAGGAAGAAAGAAGAGGAAAGAAAAGCAAAAGAUGAAGCAGCUAUGGCAGGUAAAAGACUGCAGUCACUAUCCCUUAACAAGUAAGCACAGGACAUGCAAGAGGAGGAAACGCCAGGGAACCGUGCCUGGUGCCUGCCAGGAACUCUGUCGUGUUGCAUACCAUAGAUGCCACGUAGGGUGUACUGCGGCAUCGACGUCACCUUCACCUCCAAGAGACACUGACAAUGUGUUUUGUCUUCAUCCUGGCACAAUUUCCAUUUGGGGUUAGGGGCAGCUGCUAUCCUCGGUGCAAAACUGUGCUGAACAGCAAUUCUCUGUAACAGUUUGAAAACCUGAA